AUGAAGGAUGGUAUCCUUAAUUUCGUGAAGGGUUUUCACAGCAAGGUUGUUCUCUCAAAGGUUAUUACAUCCUCUUUUCUCACAUUAAUACCUAAGAUCCCUCAUCCUCUUAAUCUUGAAGACGACAUGUCAAUUUGUUUAGUUGGAUGUCUUUACAAGAUUGUGGAUAAACUUUUGGCAUCGAGGUUAAAGAAUUUUCUUGGUGGAUUGAUUUCGCAAUGUCAAUCGGCUUUUGUUUUUGGAAGGCAAAUCUUAGAUGGGGUUUUAGUUGCGAAUGAGGUUGUGGAUCAUGCUACUAGGGAGAAGAAGGAAUGUGUUAUUAUUUGGAUGGGAUGGAUGGAAGCUUGCAUUUUGAAUAGCCAUUUGUCGAUUUUGGUAGACGGGAGUCCGACGAAGGAUUUUAAGGCGAAGAUAAGCUUAAGGCAGGGAAAUACUCUAUCUCCCUUCCUAUUUGUGAUAGUUGUUAAAGGGCUCUCAGAGUUAUUCAUAAUUGCUUCAUAUAUAAGAGAUUUUGAAGGAUAUAAUAUGCAAGAUGGUUUAUCGAUUGAUUUAGUCCAAUUUUUGGACGAUACUCUUAUUAUGGGUGCAGGUUGCUGGAAGAAUUUAUGGAGUAUCAAAAUCAUCUUAAUGGGUUUCAAACUAGUUUCAGGACUGGGUGUUAAUUAUCACAAGAGUAGGUUGAUAGGGGUCAAUGUCAGUGAUCAGUUUAUUUUUAUUGCUUCCAAUUUUUUAGCUUGUAAGGUGGAUGAUUCAGCUUUUAACUUCCUUGGGAUUCCGAUUGGCUCAAAUCCGAGGAGGAUGAAAAUGUGGGCUUAUGUUAUUGAAAAGUUUAAAUCUAAGUUAGCUUUGUGGAGAGGGAGAUUCCUUUCUUUUGGAGGGAGGAUUACUCUUUUCAAUGCGUGCAUUGAGGAGUUCGACUUGGCUCUUUUGUCUAAAUGGAAGUGGAGGAUUUUAGUUGAGAAGGAGGCCGUGUGGAAGAAGAUUAUUAAACUGAGAUACGGUUCUGUUUUUUACAAAAUUGGCGACCAAUCCCAAACCCAUUUCAGGUCUGCUAAUUGGUGUGGUAAUACUCCACUGGCAUACUUGUUUCUGGAUCUGUUUGCUCUCAACAAUGUGAAAGGGGCUUUUGUGAUUAAAAUGGGAAGUUGCUGCAAUGAUGCAACAGUUUCGGGAAAGGUUGAUUCCACCCAUUAUUCUACUUGCCUCGACUAUAAAUGCUUCAUGGAGUCUAAGGUGCAAGUUAUCAUGGAGGAGGAUAUGAGUAUGGCCUUUCGUACUCUUUGGAAUUGGAUGGUUCUCGCAAAAAUAAAAGCUUUUGGUUGGAGAGUUUUCUUGAAUCGCUUGGCCACUAAAGAUCAAUUGAUUAAAAGAGGUUUAUGCCUUGUGAAUCGUGAAGGUCUUUGUGUUUUGUGCCUCCAAUCGGAGGAAGAUCUUAACCAUCAUUUCUUUGAUUGUUCGGUGUUGAAAAAAGUUUGGGAGCUUAUAGGAUUUUGGAUUGGUUACUCUUUGAGUUUGAUUGGUCCUCCUUGGAAGCAAUUCUUAUCUUGGAGCAGGUUCUUAAAAACUUUUUUUAAUAAGGGUAAAUUCGAAAUCAUUUGGUUAGCGGAUGCAGUUUGGAGAUGGUAG